CAUUUAUAAGGAAAAUUUCCUGCCAUAUGGAGCACGGAAUUCAGCAAAUACGAUCGAAGGUUUGCGCUGACAACAAUCACAACACCGUGUCUACCAUAAUAUACCUGAACUGCUGAACAUUAUCAUUUCAACUACCAUUUCGACAUGUCCACGAAAAAGCAUAACGCUAAACAAACUUCCAUUGGGACUAAAAGGAAGCAAAUCGACAUUCCAUCAAAACUUGAAGAUGCUCUUCAAGCUGUUCAAGCCUUGAAAAGCACGAUUGACGAAGAAGCUGAAGUUCUGCAAGAAGAACGAGCGACCUUCGAAGUUAUGAGAAAGAAAUUGGGUAGCGUACAUUUCAAGAAACACGUCAAACUAAACGUUGGUGGACAAAUAUUCAAGACAUCGCUUGAAACACUAGUGAAAGAUCCCGAUUCGAUGUUGGCCGCCAUGUUCUCUGAACGAUUUGAUGUGAAACCUGAUGAAGAAGAUGGCGCAUAUUUUAUUGACAGAGACGGAACUCAUUUUAGAUACAUCUUGAACUAUCUCCGCACUGGAAAACUGAUUUAUCCUAACGAAAACAAGAUACUGGCGAAUGAGCUGUACAUUGAAGCUGAGUUUUAUCAACUCGAUGGAGUUCAAAAAGAAAUUUGGCCGGGAGCAUCAUUUCAAAAUUCUCAUUACAUCAUUAACAGCUUGACCGAGGAGCAAAAAAACGCGUUGUUGUCAUGGCUACCCUUCCAAGAUAUUUUUUUCAACUGGGUACAGAUUUAUAGCUCGUCAGUUAAUGGAUAUGACUCAUCCUAUUUCCAUCAAGAUUGUGAUAAUAAGGGUCCAACAGUCAUCAUUGCAAAAGCUGGCAACAAUAUUUUUGGAGGGUAUGCUGAAGUUUCAUGGAAUUCAAGUUCGUCUUUCGUAAAAGAUGAAAAUGCCUUUCUUUUCACGCUUGCAAACCCAACUGGAGCCCGACCAACAAAACUUCCACAAUCUGAUAACAGCGGUGGAAUUUGGUGCGACCCGUCUUAUGGUCCUGGAUUUGGGUCGGCCAAUGGCACCAAUAUAUGGUUCAUGGAUUGUCCAAACGGGCCAUCCUACUGUAGUGUUAACAACAGCAACACUGCUUUCCAAAUUCCACAAGAUCAACCGUUCACAAAUUUUAUUUAUGGAAGCAAUACAACAGCCUUUGGCACAGACUACAUAGAAGUUUUUUGUUUGAAAAAAACUUAAAUUGUGACAAUUUUUGAACAAGCAUGUUUACAAUUUUGUUCAUAUCACGUAUUGUGAUGAUAAACUUUGGAUGUCGAUUAUCUCCGGCAUAUCUUUCUAGCUUAACGAUAAUGAUAAAAGGCCAUAAAACGCUUUUUUCAGAUCUGAGCGGGUUUUUUUGUCUAAAUUUAUGCACUGUUGCUUUACCUCAUAAAAAUUAGUACAAACUAUUUCAUGAAUUAUGAAGAAACAUGCAUAAAAGAAUCAUGCAUAAAAGGAACGUAUGGCAGAGUACAUGCUGCGUGCCAAAUGAUGACACAGAGAUUUUCAGAGAUAGAUUUUAGAUAUAUGGACUAUUUAAUAUGGUGUGUGUAUUUAAUAUGUGUCCCCGGGGUGUAAGGUACUGAUUUCGUUGGGGAUAUUUACAAUCGAUAUAUGUCAUCAAAAUUAAUUUCAACGCAAAACGCAAGUUGUCCCGAGCAAAAAAAUCGAUUGCUUUCGCGAUGGUUCAUGUUCAGUUCAUUU